GGCAUAGCAGGGCUUCAGAAUGUUGCCAGUGGAAAGGAAGCCAGCAUAGCAGAUUUGAAGGCCAAAGAGCAUUUACGAACAUUGGCAUUAAUAUGGAAUUCUGAGAAAAGCACCCAAGCAAGUAGUUCUCAGGGUCCUGGUGAGCAACAUAGUGAUGGAUCUACCCUCAACACAGGCAGCAUCACAGAGACCUCCAGCUUUCUGGCAGAUGGUAUUCUUCAAAACCUCCAACCAUACAGAAACCUCAGGCACCUCAUCCUGCGAGGUUAUUGUGGCAUGAGAUUCCCAAGCUGGUAACAUGGAUGGGAUCCAACAUGUUGGCUGUGAGUUCUGCGGCCACAGCAGUACGAGUUCCUCUAUAGCAUUUCGAGCACUGGACACACUAGACUUAGAAUGUUUGAACCAGUGGGGGGAGUGGACUGGUGUCGAGGAUGGUGACUUUCCUUGCCUCCGAAGACUAGUCAUUAAACAUUGCUCGAAGCUAAAUGGGCUACCCCUCCUCCCAACUUCACUGGAAAUAUUAGAGAUGGAGAAUGUUGAAGCAAUAACUGCACUCCCCAAACUCUCUUCAGUCAAAAGUCUGGAUUUGCAAGGGAAAUGGAAUGAGAAUCUCUGGGCAUCCACCUUAGAACUCCAAUCUCUUCAUUCCUUAGAAAUUUCAUGGUCUGAGGACUUAAGCAUCCUUCACCUUCAUGGAAGCCUCAAUGCUCUAAACAAUUUGGAAAUAAGUGAUUGCAUGAAUCUUAAUUUAAUUGUCGAGCUGCACAAAAUCACUUCUCUUGAGCACUUGAGAUUGCAUGCCUUGCCUAAAUUCCAGUUCUCACCAGAUGAUCGUCUGCCACCCACCCUUCUGUCCCUCGACAUUACAAGCUGCCCAAACUUGACAUCCCUUCCUCUGUACCAGCCUCUGUCUGCUCUACGGGAGCUUUCAAUCACAACUUGUGAACAGCUUUCAACAUUGAUGUGUCUACAGAACCUCAAUUCCCUUGAGAGCUUGACAUUAGAUAUGUGUCCUGAGCUCUUCCUAAAUUCUGAUGAUGUGCUGCCAUUCACUCUUCAGUACUUGGAAAUUUCAUCCUGUAACAAACUGAGUGCUCUACCUAGGCUGCAUGAGAAUCUAUCAGCACUGAAGGAACUACAUAUUGAAGAUUGUGAGGAGCUUACAACUGCUGUGGGUCUUUGCAACCUCACCUCCCUUGAGCUGAUGGUGAUAGCAUUCUGCCCUAAAUUUCAUUUCUUACCUGAUGAACAGCUGCCAAACUCCACCCUCGAUAUUGAAAUUGAAGAUUGUCCAAGGUUAACAGAGUGGUGUCAAAGACAUGGUAUCAAACAAAAGAAUAAUGAUUGGGAAGAUGUGGACUUUGAUGAUAAGUGGGAGAGACAUUCCAAAAGUCAAGAGUAUGAAAGUGAGGAGAACUGAAUGGAGUACAAAGACAUUGAUAAGGGUGACUAAUCAACAUUUUGGAAUGCACUAGUUGUGCAUGUGAUGGAAUGCAACAGUAACUAGUAUGUCAAUUUGCUGAAAAGACUUCUAAAAGCAUGAACACAGUGACACUGGAGUGACUGGACCAAACAAGCAUGAUAUUCAUUUGAUGAUCUAGGUCUAGGUCCUAACCAUUUGAAGCAAGGAAUUUUACAUCCAUUGUCAACGUGGGGGGGGGGGGGGGGAGGUGGUGGGUGUGGAUGUGGGGAGGUGGGUGCAGGGGAGGGGAGGGGGUUGGGUUUUGCACCUAAUGCAUGAGGCUCCAGUGUUUGAGAAGGAUCAGAUGUACGCAGUUUUUUCCUGCACCUGAAAUGGUUGUUAAUUCAAGACCAUGCCGUAA